CACGUGCAAGAUUGCCGCUGAAUUUGGGGUGAAAUUAGACUGGCGCGAGUUUAAAUGGAUCAUAAAUCCUUGAAUGCAAAAUGACAACAAUCAAUCGAUAUUUUGAGUUUACAAAUUAUUAAUCAAAGUCUACUACCCAAAAUUUUAAUUGGCUUAUAAAUUAGGUUCACCUUUAGCUUUAACGGUGUCUUAAGAUGUAAGGUGGGAGGGUUAGAGUGUAAGUCAAUGGUAGGAUUUGUGGGAGUGCAGGAUACGUGACGUGACCAAGAAAUGAAUUUGUUUACUUUUACCUACUUUUUGCCAUGUCCUUCUCAUUCUACGCUCCGAUUGAAAAGAAUCAUCAUGGACUUUGGUCCUACGAUAGUGGGAGCAGACAGUCGCUUCUUGGGAAUGGGGAUGGCCACGGAUCUGGAUUAAAUCACUACCGUUCGAACAACCAGGGAGGAGGAUCGUGUAGUAUUUCUGAGCCAAAACAAUCCCUAUUCAGCCAUAGCCAGAUCCAGUUGCGAUUUCUAAAUCCGGGUGAUUAUGACGUAGUAAAGACACUUUGCGAGGAGUGGUUCCCUGUGGAGUAUCCUGCAAAGUGGUUUGAAGCUAUUACGUCCGACUCUAAUCUGUUCUCCCUUGCUGCAAUUCUGGACGGGAAAAUCGUUGGUUUGAUUGUUGCCGAGCUUAAACAAGGAAGAGACCUGAAUCGAGAGGACCGUGACGUAUUAUGCGAAUUUCAACUGAAAUAUACUGCCGCAUACAUAUUGAGUUUAGGGGUGGUUGACAGUAGCAGAAGACAAGGAGUAGCGUCACUGCUGUUAUCUAGUCUACUCAAUCAUCUCUCCACUUUGCAGUGCAAAGCAGUAUAUCUUCACGUGCUAACUUCCAACGAGCCUGCUUUACAUUUUUAUGAGAAGCACCGCUUUCGGGUUCACAAAUUCUUGCCAUAUUAUUAUUCAAUCGGUGGUCGAGCUAGGGACGGAUUUACUUACGUCCUAUACUUGAACGGAGGACACGGUCCGUGGGGAAUACAAGAGUAUGUCGCUCAUUUUUGUGAGGUUACAAUCAGGGAAAUAUGGUCAGUGCCUCGUCGACUAUUCUCACGGAUCGUCCAUUCCAUCACCGCCCUGAUAGUCAGAUAACAUAAGAGGAGUUUCGUUACAAAAUAUAAUUAUGUCUGAGACUUGGAGUGACGUGAUAAUGAAAAUGAAAUUCUUCUAGACGCUAAUAUUAUGUUGAUAACAUAACUGGUUGUCCAAAAAACCCAUGCAUACUUAAAAUUACUUGACACUUAUGAUAUUUUACUCGUGAAAGAGUACGAGUCUUACAUGGUCGUGUGCAAUAUAGACAAUUUUAUAUAUUUUUACCCGACAUACGUUCUGCUUCACAGAUUGAUUCAAUUCAUGCCAUUUAUUGAUGAUAGGUGUCAAAUGCCCGAGACGAAAAUUAUCUAGUUAUUUAUGCACAGAAAAUCCCCUUACGCAGGAUUGCACUGGAAACAAAAGCUUUACUUAAUCGAAUAGUCAAAAUACAACAAAACUGCUUAUCCGCGCCGUUAAGCAAACCUUAAAAUAUAUGUACGACAAAUUUUACCAUUGUAAGUAUCAUUACCAUAUUAUUACCACAAUAGGCUAAAUGUUAAUUGCAACGACAUAAAUUAAAAUAUGGGAGAAUAACGAGGAUUAGUAUAUUUGGGUUUCUUUCAUAAUGAAAAUAUAAUAUGUGUAAGAUAAGAUGGAAGAAAACUCCAAACUGAUCCAGGAAAUAAA